CCCAGCCCCUGGCUUUCCCUGAAGAAGGAAGGCUUAGUUCAGGCCCUUGGGGAAAACCGCAGUUUGCUCCUGACAUGACAUAUUGACGGGUUUCUGGCGACUGUGCCCCCUUUGUGUCCCCAAGCUGCUGUGUGACGCUGAUGAUGUUGGGUGUCUAUACCCUGCUUCUACUCUGGGGCCUGGCUGUUCCAAGUCAGGGGCUGCUUGAGAGGGUGGGCACGCUUGCCCGGAUUGACAAGGAUGAACUGGGCAAAGCCAUCCAGAACUCGCUGGUUGGGGGACCCAUUCUUCAGAAUGUGCUGGGGACAGUGACAUCGGUGAACCAGGGCCUCCUAGGUACAGGAGGGCUACUUGGAGGCGGUGGCCUGUUGAGCUACGGGGGCAUCUUUGGCGUUGUGGAGGAGCUGGCAGGGCUGAAGGUAGAGGAACUUACUCUGCCCAAAGUGUCGCUCAAGCUGCUGCCAGGGUUUGGGGUGCAGCUGAGCCUGCAUACCAAGGUUAGCCUGCAUGGUUCCGGACCUCUGGUGGGCCUCCUGCAGCUGGCAGCCGAGGUAAAUGUGUCCUCGAAGGUGGCGCUGGGCAUGAGCCCUCGGGGGACACCCAUCCUGGUCCUCAAGCGCUGCAGCACACUUCUGGGCCAUAUCAGCCUGAUGUCAGGGCUGCUGCCCACACCGAUCUUUGGGGUUGUAGAGCAGAUGCUGUGCAAGAUGCUGCCUGGACUGCUGUGCCCUGUGGUAGACAGUGUGCUGAGCGUGAUGAACGAGCUCCUGGGGGCUACACUGAGCCUGGUACCCCUUGGGGGUCUGGGGUCUGUGGAGUUCACGCUGGCCACACUGCCCCUCAUCUCCAACCAGUAUAUAGAGCUGGAUGUGAACCCCAUCGUGAAGAGCAUAGCUGGCGAUGUCAUUGAUUUCCCCAAGCCACGCCUCCCAGUCGAGGUGCCCCCCAAGGAGGAUCACACCUCCCAGGUGACAGUGCCCCUCUACCUCUUCAGCACUGUGUUUGGACUCCUGCAGACCAAUGGUGCCCUUGACCUUGACAUCACCCCUGAGCUGGUUCCCAGGAAUAUCCCACUGACAACUACUGACCUGGCAGCUUUGGCCCCCGAGGCCCUAGGGAAGUUGCCCCCUGGGCAGAACCUCCUACUGUCACUGAGGGUGACGAAAGCACCCAUGGUCCUACUGCAGAGCAAGAAGGCCACCGUCUCUAUCCCGGCCACCAUCCAUGUGCUGUCCUCUGUCCCUCAAGGAACUCCUGUAGCCCUUUUCCAGCUGAAUGGGGUUCUGAUGCUAAACUCCCAGCUGUCUCCGUCUACCACCAAGCUACAUGUGUCCCUGUCCCUGGAACGGCUGAGUGUCCAGUUGGCUGCUUCUAUUUCCCAACAUUUUGAUGCAUCCCAUCUGGAAGAAUGGCUCAGUGAUGUGCUCCGGGCUGCCUAUGUGCCAAAGCUCAAUGAGCACCUGGAGGUUGGAAUUCCCCUGCCCAAGAUUCUCAACAUCAAUUUUUCCAAUUCGGCAGUAGACAUCAUUGAUAAUGCCGUUGUGCUGACUGUGGCACCCUGA